GUUAGAAAAAUAAAAAAUAUUGGCUUCCCUGUGUUUGCGGAAAUCUCCCCUGACCUGACCUGAUAGAUGUCGGCAAGCCUCUAAACGGAAUACCCAGACGGCCCACCACCACUUCUCCACUCUCGAUCCAAUUUCUCCAGAAUUUCUAUUUUCCCAAACAAUUUCAGAAUAGCCUCGUCGUUAGCAUUGCAUCACAAUAUCACAUCACGGUGUUCUGUUUCUGUUCCAUAAAAUCCCUUCUAGUUUGUUUUAGGUUUAUUUAUUCAAUUCAAGGAAAUGCGAAGGGUAUAUUCUUGUAUUUCUGUAUUGUGUGAUUCUACUAGUUAAGAAAUCGGAACGGAAGGGGUUGGUUAGUUAGAUAUAUAUAUAUUUAUAAAUAUGGUUUCGGAGAUGACUGACUUGUCCAUCUCGAAGAAUGAUCGUUCCCAUUCCAAACUCAUUACUUUGCCCACAAUUUUGACUCUCGGCCGUGUCGCAUCUAUUCCUCUUCUCGUUGCCACCUUCUAUAUGGAUGGCUGGCAAGGAACCGCUGUUACCACCAGUAUUUUCACCGCUGCCGCAAUUACCGAUUGGCUUGAUGGCUAUAUUGCUCGCAAGAUGAAAUUAAAGUCUUCGUUUGGUGCAUUUUUAGAUCCAGUAGCGGACAAGCUUAUGGUUGCUGCCACGUUGAUCUUGUUAUGUACUAGACCUGUCAAAGUUGCUGCAUUGGCACAUGCUCCUUGGCUCUUGAUUAUACCUUCCAUCAUCAUAAUCGGUAGAGAGAUAACCAUGUCGGCACUCAGGGAAUGGGCUGCUUCUCAGGGUAGUAAAACUUUAGAGGCUGUUGCGGUUAAUAGUUUGGGGAAGUGGAAAACAGCCACACAAAUGACAGCAUUAACCAUCCUUCUUGCCACCCGUGACUGCAGUCAUGGAGGACCUGCCAUUUUGGCAGGCUCUGGUGUUUUGAUGCUUUAUAUUGCGGCAGGGCUUGCCGUAUGGUCGUUUGUAGUAUAUAUGAGGAAAAUAUGGAAGGUGUUAGUGAGGUAACAUGGUCGAUGGCUCUCUGCCUUCAUAUAUAUUGGCUUCUUUGAUUGGUUUGGUUCUCACGAAUCACGACCGUUAUUUCUUUCAAAAAUAGUUUAGUCAGUGAUACCGUGGAAGGGAGAUGCAGUUCUCAAUUCUCAUGACAUAUAUUUGUAAUACUAUUUACUAUCUUCAUUGUCUAACUCUGCAAAGCACAGUUCGAUCCAUUUAAGAAAAUUGUAUGCACGAUUUUUUCGUUAGUUAUUCGAGGUAAAGGAAGGGAAAAGGCAAAAAAAAGAAGAUGGCAGCCAGAUUAAAUUUGAAGAAAUUACAAGAUUGAAGGAUGUACAAGUGAAUUCUCAACUAUGGAUUCUUUGAAAGUUUGCCAGCUGAUACAUUUCAGCAGAGACGAAUAUGUUAUGAUUGUAAUUGAGUCUUGGGUUGUUUUUCUUCUGGUCAUAUACUUCACAGUUGCUUACUUAAAUACACCAGUUAUUUUUCAAUGUUAGCAAAUGUUUAAUGUUGUUGAAAUUUAUGCACAUGAGUAAUUCAUAA